UUUUUUCUGCCAGAAAUGGGGUUAGACUGAGUGAGAUUCUACUGUAUUUUUUACAAUAGUAUUUGUUAUUUUUAUAUAGCUUGAAAUGUUAGAACGAACUUCUGUUGAUGGAAAUUGCCAUCAUUUUGCCUUUUUACUACGUCCCCAUUUUCAAAAAAUGGUGGUGAAGUGCAAACUUAUCCCUCCGGUAAAGCAACCACUUGUUGGUAUGUUUAAAAAUAUUUUUUUGAUGUCAAUCAUCUUUUGUCAAUCAUUUUUGGCUUUUUUUUUUGUUUUUUAUAGUUGAAAGUUUUUUAAAUAAAAACAUUUUCACGUUUGUUGCGGAACUAAAUCCUUAUAAUCGCACAAACGUCUAUUGGGUCAUUUAUUUUUCAAAUACAUCAAAAUUUCCAUACCAGGGAUGUCUCGAGUUACCCGAUACCCGAAACUUAACCAGAUUA